GACACUUCCGGUCUGACGUCAUAAAUUACUAUCCCUUUAUGGAAACCAGUCCUCAAAAAGAGUGAAAUAUUUCUCUUUCUUUGUGUGAUUCAAGACAUUCUGAAGUCAUGUCUUCUGGUGAAACAAAUAUGGAGACAUGUACUUCGUCCGACGAAAGAAUAGACAUCAAACGGCCUGAGAUGACUCAAUUAUUAAAGACACAGACAUCAGUUCAACCUGAGGUUUCUGAGGACUAUUUAAAGGAUCGAGAUCCUUGUGUUAAACAAUUUGAACACUGGACAGAGUACGAACAAGUAUCUUUUGUUCAGCACUUGUUAUCACGAAUGUGUCAUUUCCAACAUGGACAGAUUAAUGCAUUUCUUAAACCCAUGUUACAAAGAGAUUUUAUUUCUGCAUUACCAGCAAAAGGUUUAGACCAUAUAGCAGAGACUAUAUUAUCCUACUUGGAUGCCAAAUCAUUGUGUUCUGCCGAACUUGUAUGUAAAGAAUGGCAUCGUGUUAUAUCAGAAGGAAUGUUGUGGAAAAAAUUGAUAGAAAGAAUGGCACGAACAGAUACACUCUGGAGAGGUCUAGCUGAAAGAAGAGGCUGGAUACAGUUCUUGUUUAAGCCUAAACCUGGUGAACCAUUAAAAGAUCAUAAAUUUUACAGAAAUCUCUACCCACAAAUUAUAGAAGACAUUGAUAGAAUAGAAACAAAUUGGAAGACGGGUCGUCACACAUUAAAGCGCAUACACUGCAGGAGUGAGACAAGUAAAGGUGUUUAUUGUUUACAAUAUGAUGAAACCAGAAUUAUCAGUGGAUUAAGAGAUAACACAAUAAAGUUAUGGGAUCGUAACACGUUAGAAUGUGUGCAAGUAUUGACAGGACACACUGGGUCUGUAUUGUGCCUACAGUACGAUGAUAAUAUAAUAAUAUCAGGCUCUAGUGACUCAACUGUCAGGGUAUGGGAUGUAAGAACUGGAGAGAUGACAAACACACUUAUUCAUCAUUGUGAAGCUGUAUUACAUUUAAGAUUCUGUGAUGGCAUCAUGGUUACAUGUUCAAAAGACAGAUCAAUAGCAGUUUGGGACAUGCAGUCACCGACAGAAAUUAACCUGAGAAGAGUGUUAGUAGGGCAUCGGGCAGCAGUUAAUGUUGUAGAUUUUGAUGAAAAAUAUAUCGUCUCUGCUUCAGGGGACAGAACAAUCAAGGUAUGGAGCACAUCAUCUUGUGAGUUUGUUAGGACAUUAAAUGGUCACAAACGAGGUAUUGCCUGUUUACAGUACAGAGAUAGACUUGUUGUUAGUGGCAGUUCAGACAAUACAAUCAGGUUGUGGGACAUUGAAUGUGGUGCUUGUCUACGUGUUUUAGAAGGACAUGAAGAAUUAGUUAGAUGUAUAAGAUUUGAUAAUAAACGUAUUGUCAGUGGUGCCUAUGAUGGAAAAAUCAAAGUAUGGGAUCUUGCAGCUGCCUUGGAUCCACGAGCUCCAGCAGGAACUCUCUGUCUCAGAACUCUUGUGGAACAUUCAGGGAGAGUAUUCCGUCUGCAGUUUGAUGAAUUCCAAAUUGUGAGCAGUUCACACGACGACACAAUUUUAAUUUGGGACUUUUUAAAUGUAGAACCACCAGAAGGAACCUCUCGAUCACCUGUACGGACCUAUACUUAUGUGUCAAAGUAGCUGUGAUAGUAUGUAACAGAUCUGAAAGCUCAAUAAGUGUACAUUGUGGACCAAUAGCUUGAGUGAAUGAUGGCAGUAUAAUGGCAAUAUAUGUAUACUUGUCUGCCAGUUGUUUGACCAGUAUCAUGGCAAUAUACAUUGUAUGUAUAUUUGUCUGCCAGAUGUUUGACCAGUAUCAUCUUCUUUCUGUACCACUACUUCGGCUGCUGUUCAUAAUUCUGUCAAAAAAUCUUUAGCUUGUGCUGAGUUGAUCACUGUAAUCAGGGCUAUUUCUCUGAUUAAUCAACCUUUUAUUUAUAUUAAAUACAGAGAUCAAUUUCUAGAGUAAAUUGGCCAAUGUCAUCAGUAAUAACCAGCAAUAACUAUUUUAACUGAAUCUGCUUACUAUAUUUUCGAACAUUUUCGGUAAAAUGGCUAGGUUUUGUCUUGGGCUGUUCCAAGAUGUAAUGAGAUUAUUCCAUCAUGGAAGAAGGUUGAUUUUUGAAUCAUUUGAAUUUGAAUUUUCACUUAUGAUAUCUUUGAUAGUUUAUAGUGGUCUUUUGAAUUUCACAUUGUUAUCAUCUUCAAUGUACUGAUAGCAAUUUUUUUUAUAAUGGUGAGUUACUGUCUGUUUACUUCAAUAAAAUGAUUGAGUGAAAAUAAUGAUACAGACUUGUUAACUGUUUUAUAAAGAUAUUUGGAGCUUAGUAGAAAUAUUUUAGUAUAUCUGUGUGUCUUGAUUGUAAGGAAUGAUAGAAAUUGUUGUCUUAAAUCAGGUUUUGUGACAUUUUAAGUAUUUUGUUAUGAUCAUGGUGAUAAUAUUGCUAUGAAUUUAAAAAUUGUUUUAGUGAAAAUAUACACAGACUGCAAGUUCUGCUACUGUUGCUUUCUUUUUGCAAAGGCCAUCUUAGAUAACUAAUAAAUGGAUCAUAUGACUUUGCUUAUGCCACCUUAGUGGACGUGUUGUAUGUUAUUUAAUUAUAAUUCAACAAAAUGUGAACAUUCAUUAUUGACCAACCAUCAUACAAAGACUAAUGUAAUCAUCCUGUCAUUAGCCUCAGGUUGUUUGCUUUAGCUUCCAGAACUAUUUUAUUGGUGUUUUUCUUCCUGUGUAUGAUUGUUAAACAUGCAGAGCAUUAGUAUUUUGUAUGCUUCAGUUGUUCAUUGGUAUGAUUAAUAAUACAUGUUAAAUUGAUUUGUUUUGGGAUAUUUUUACAUUGGUCAAAACCAAACUUAUAGAUUUGGUGCAGUUAUUAAAACCAGCUCUUAAAACCUUUCGGUAAUAAAAUAUGUUCUACCCAAAUUUUUAAGAGGUCAGAUUACAAUAGUAUAAAACGCCUUAUCGCUCUUUUCUUCAUUUACUGGACAUCACAGGAGAAGAAACGUUGUUGUCUGUAGAGAAAAUAGCUUGUACCAAAAAGUAAAAGUGAUUGUUGUGUGAUGUCAGUUGUUCAAGUGUUAAUAAAUCUUGGGUCUAUUGUUGCAGACUCCCAAACAGCGAUAAGGUCUUUUACAACUAAAAUAAAUAGUACUAUUUUGUGUGUUGUAAUUUUAUGAUUGGACUAUGUAUGUUUAUAUCUAGGCAUGUCUUGACAAAUGUUUCAUUUAAAUGAACUAGGCAACUGAAAAAUUGUAAUAACCCUGAUGUCUUCUUAUAUGUUACAUGAAUCAUAUUCUUUAAAAAUAGGGGAAAAUUUGUAAAACUCAGGUAUGUGAGAAAAAUGACAUUGAAUGACGAAAAUCAAAGCCUGGUUAUAUCAACAAAAACAGAAAAUCUUUACUCAAAGCCUGUUUAUACCAAGAAAAAACAAAAGGAUCCUCUUAUUUCAACUCAAGUCUUUCUUAUUUAUGAAUGUGUAAUAAGAUUUUUAACGUAUAAAUGUACUUAAAUGUUUUUAAAAUAUUGUUAUGGGUUUUUUUUGUGUAUGAAUGAUAUGUAAAAAUGCACAUGAAGUGCUGUGUAUAUGUUUAGUUUUGUGUUAGGAGGAAUGAUUAAUUAACAAAUAUUCCAGUUUGAAUUCAUUGUAUGCCUUUCCAUUUUAGAUGUGUGGUUUUGUUUCUAUUGGUUAUAUCGUCCAAAUAUCAUUUUCCUACUUCAUAAUCAGUUUUAACAGGGGUUAAAUUUUCUACCAAACUCAGCUAGCUUAGGGCUAUGGGUGGUUUAUAUCACUACUGGGAAAAUUAUAUUGUCUAGCCUUGAAUUUUAUAUUUUAACAAAAUUUUCACUACAUAUAACACAUAGAUAUGCCAAAAUAAUUUCAGACUUAAGUGUUAAUUUUCUAAGAUUAUUUUAUUUGGUAUCUUUAUUUUAUGAAUCUGAAAUCUGUAUUUAUAUAAACAACACUUCAAUCUAUUUUUAAAUACCAAACUAUUUUUUAUAAAUUUGAUUGAUAUUGAAACUACAAAUAAAUAACAUUUUUUGUUUGAUAGCCAUCAUAAUAGAACUAGCAAAAUAAUAUAAAAAAGUAGCUCAUUGUAAAUAGUCACUUAAUUCAAACCAUAUUUGAUGAGAUAGCCUAAGAAACAAUGGUAAAGUCAUUACUGAGCUUUUUUUCCUGUUUUAUUUCUUGAAAGAUUUACAACAUGGCCACCGAUCACAGAGUGUUAGUGUAGUCCCAAUUUGUUCCCAACUAGCCUGUCAGGGAUUUCUUAUUAAACAGCUAGCCCUAUUUUAGACAAAAGCUUCAAAUUGAGGCUGUUUUUAACCCCUGUCUAAAAUAGAUUUUAUUCUAAAAUCCUACAGUCUAUAGACAUGAUUCUAUUAAAAGUGCACAUUUUUUUAUCACUGAUUUUUUUCUGCAUAGACUUAUAAAGUCUAAUCUAUCAUCUCGCUUAUUAAGGAAAGAACAGUAUUGACUAUUAAGUAACCUACAUUAAUACCCCCUUAUAACAGAAAAAACAACUUUGUCUCUACAAAAGUAUUCAUUAAAUAACAUAUGCCUAAAAUGUAUAAUCAAAGUCAGGUUAGGAUUGCAGAAACCUAUCCAAAUGAAAAUUAAGAUAAUACAAUUAAAGAUUUUAUAAAUACAGAGUUUAACAAAUAAGACACAUCGACAUUUCACACUAAAAAUUCAUUUAAAAAAACUGCUUAUUUAAAAAAAAAAAUUGGAUUAAGCACAGGUAUAUUGAAAUGGUUCCACUAGUCAAUAAUUCUGUCACAUGAUUUUGGUUCCGCAAAAAAAAUUGUUUUUAAUUAACACUAUACAUGAAGGAGAUUAUCAGCUACAUCUAUUUAUGAAAAAAGAAAUAUUCCAUUACUACAAAAUUAGAGAAAUCACCCAUGGAAUCAAUUUCAUUUCACUUUUUCUUUUUAAAAUCAUAGGUUUUUGUGAUCUUUGUGUUUAUGUAAUUUUGUUAAAAUUUUGUUUGUAUUAAUUUAUAUGAAUUUGGGGAAACCUUUGGCAGCAAUGCAGUUUCAUUUUCAUUGUGUGUUAAAUCUCUCAUCAUAAAUAGACGUUUCCCCAUGAGAAUAAAAUCUUUCUAUAAUAAUGUCAUGAAAGUGAACAAGUUAUCUACUUUUAUUCAAAAUUAAAAAUAAAAAAUAUGAGUUUUAUUUGAUACUCUCUUGUAUUCUUUUGAAUUUUUUUACACAAAUUGACCUUUCCAGUAAAUUUUUUAAGAUAGUGUAUAAAUACACGAUUGGAAUAUUUAAUAAAUUGUAUUAUAUGGUAUUGUCACUAUAUAUUUAGUACACUUGUUUUAUUUAUUUUCAUGAAAAUUUUGGCAUUGUCAUAGUGCUUAUGUUGUAUGUUUCUCUCAUAAUAUAAAACAAUUAAAUUGUUAUAAAAUGG